AUGGACCACAUCCCAUCGCCACCGAAGUCCUUUAAAGAGAACACGGAGUUGCUGGUCUGGGCUGACCUGUUCACCGGGUACGUGAUCGCCAAGGCUGGAUCAUCGCGGGGAGCCCAAGCGGUGGCGGAAAACUACGAGGAAUGUGUCUUCAGGCGAUUUCUCCGCGCGUUUAAUCGGAUUGUGAAGAUGAGGCAAAGUCCCACCAUGGCAUACCGCCCGCAGGGUAAUGGAAAAGCGGAGCGAACGGUCCAAACACUGACGAGAGCGCUGAAGAUGUAUGUCUCCGAUGUCAAUCAACAGGACUGGGAUGACUACGCCGAACGCUUGACGUUUGCCCUCAACACGGCGCAAGAUCGAGUGCGGGGAGACACAUCUUUCUAUCUGGUGCACGGGUGGGAUCAACGCUGGAAGCAAAGCUUCCGAUCGGAUCCACAAGGCGGAAGGACAGCGAUGCGCGCCGGUGGAGGUAUCGUCUGCAAUCGCAAUAUCGACGAGCGAGAGAAGCGGCCCCACAAGAUCGAGCAAGGAUCACAAGUAUGGCUCUACCUGGAUCGAGUGAAGGAAGGGUUCGCGAGGAAGCUGGCCCACAUGUGGCACGGCCCUUUUCGGGUGAUCGAGCUCAUCGGUGAUCAUGCUGCACGCGUGGAAACCAGCGGAACAGAAUACCGCAUCUUCCCCGUGGUGCACCUGUCGAAGUUGAAGCUGGUGAAGGCGUUUCCCGAUCGUCCAACUUGCACCCUGCUGGUGGAUGAAGAAGAUCGAGUCGAUUUUGACGAAGCCCUGCUUCCGGAAGACAGCUGGGAGACUCCUUUGGGCGAGGACGAGUUCGAGGUGGAGCGGAUCGCCGAC